AUGUCUUAUUAGAAGGAUAAUCUGAUGAAUAACUAAUAAAUGAAACUAAAAGUACUUGAUAUUGAAACAAGAAUAAUAUCAAUUAAUAUCUACUUUAUUAAAGAUAAUUGAGUGAAUUAUCAGAAUAAAAUCCAAAAAUCUUAUGUAAUAAUAAGAAUCUAGUAACUAUAUUAUUAGAACUUAACAAUUUAUGUGAAACCAAUUAGAGUAAAAUAGAUUUAUCGUUUUUUUAUCUUAAUCAUAAAAAUUAGGAUUACAAAUAACAAUUAAUAUUAUUUAAAAGAACCUGAAAAUAGUAAGAAGAAAUAGUUGUACAUUUAAAAUAAAUUAAAUGGAAAAUUCUUAAAGAAUGUUUCAUUAUUAAAGAAGAUUUCAUCAUUAAACUUUGUGAAUUAUAGGAUAAAUUAGAGCAUGGAGUCUUUAGAUUAUAACAUAAAAUAUGAGUCUUUAUUAUUGGAUGAAGAAUAAUGA